UCGUCGCUGUCGUUUUCCGCGGUUUUAGCAAUGGCGGCUGUUGUUACCGUUCAGAACUCUGAUGGAUGGUUAUAGCGAAAAUUUAUAGAGUAAAAUCAUACAGUAACUAAAAUGGCUGCUCCAAAGAGCACUCCUAAAGAUGCUCAAGUGAUGUCUGCUAUUCUGAAGGAUAUGGGCAUCACUGAAUACGAGCCAAGGGUCAUCAACCAAAUGCUGGAGUUCACAUACAGAUACGUUACAACAAUCCUCGACGAUGCUCGGCUAUUCUCGUCACACGCGAAGAAGAGGACCGUCGAUGCAGACGACGUACGCUUGGCUGUGCAGAUGCAGGCUGACAAGAGCUUCACGUCGCCCCCACCGAGAGAUCUCUUGAUGGAGAUAGCACGGCAGAAAAACAGCACGCCCCUGCCCCUCAUCAAGGCGAAUGCGGGACCGAGAUUACCUCCCGACCGAUACAGCCUGACGGCUUGCAAUUAUCGUUUCAAGUCUGCUAAAAAGCCCAGAAUUCAAGUAGGACUGCCUCCGCAGCUUGGCCUUUCAACAUUACAGGGGGCUGGCAAUACCGGUAUCCCCAAGGUAUCCCCUGCAUUGAGCCUUGCCAGCAAGACUGGUGCCACAUUGGCGGUUGUUAGUAAGCCGGUCUCAGCUCCCACUGUCACAAUUGUUUCUCGACCUGCCAUGUCGAGCAAGGCACAUCCGACACCAAUUAUCAAGCUUUCGCAAAGACCACAGGUAGCAGUGAACAUGUUGCCUUCAGCAAGCACCAUGCUGACCAAUGUCAGUAGCCCCUCGACAGUGCCUACGCCUCUACAAAGCAUUACAGCAGCAUCAACGCCAACCCCUGAUACGGACUCCUCAGCCGCAUCUGCAACAGCCAUGACCAUGCCCACUGGUUCCCCUCAAGUGAUGCAGCCAAUCAUCAACAUCAAGACUGAAGCCGUUGAUGCUGAUAUAAGAAAACGCAAGAGGGAAGAUGACGAUUACGAUGCAAGCUAAUAAGAUAUGAAAGCUGUAUUUUGUGCUAGCUGCACUUUCAUCACCGUUUAUUUGCUUCUGGAAGAUAACGGGACAAAAACGCGUUUUUAUCCGAUGGUAUGACAUGUGGGAAUGCAGUGGGUAUUUGCUAUUCUGAGUUUUGGUUAACAUUUGUUUCAUUAAAUGAAGAACCAUGCCUCGUAACGGUUAAAUUAUGUGAUGUUGCUAUUGGGAAAAAUUGACUCACUGCUGCGUGUCUAACUAUGCGUUUCUUGACUGUUUUUCAUUAGCUAGCUUCUCUGCGUUAUUUAUCUAAGUGCAUGCUGCUCGAACAACAUUCUGAUGUCAUGAGAACUGUAAUUAUCAAGAAAGAUGCUUCACUAAGACUGUAUUUCUGCAGGUGGAGGUGCAAUACUUCAUCCUCCAAAAAUAUAAAGUGUUUCACACUGUGA